AUGGGUAUCUUGGAUAAUAGUCUCACCGGAUGGAUGGGUCUGAAAGCUACAAAAGAGCGGGCGGCAGAUGAAGCGUCACGUCACGAUUCCGAUAUUGGAAGGCGGCUGAAGCUUGAAAAGAAAAAAGCGAAAAAGAGCUUUAAGAUACUCUUGCUCGGUGCUGGCGAGUCUGGAAAGUCGACAAUCAUCAAGCAAAUGGGGAUUGUCUACUCAAGUGCAUUGUCGGAGGAUGAACCAAAGACAAGGAUCAACGAGAGCACAUUCGAACUAUGUUCAACUCAAGUGCAGAUUUUGGACGUGGAUAAUCAGGAACCAAAGCGAAAGAAGUGGUUAAGCUGCUUUGAGGAUGUUGGAUACAUGAUCUUCGUGGCUGCGUUGCCUAGUUAUGACCAACACACGGCUGAAGGCCACAACGCUAUGCAUGAAGAAAUGAUGCUCUUUGACUCUUUGGCUAACGGUGAACAAUUCAGGCACAAGCCUGUUAUCGUGUUCUUGAAUAAGUUGGAUAUUUUCGAGAAAAAGCUCGCAGUUUCGCCUCUUUCGGAAUACUUCACCGACUUCAAUGGCCUUAACACAAACUUGUGUGCCGCUGCAACAUAUUUUGCCGACCAAUUCCAAGGGAUUAACAAAACGAGGAACCGUCAUAUUCAUAUACAUUACACAAAUGCCACCGAUACUAGAACGUUGCAAGUGACGAUGGCAGCAUUACAAAACAUGAUAAUCCAGGAAAACUGCCGUUCCGUGGGGUUGUAA